GCCCUGUGCCCUGUGAUGGACUGGCAUCCUGUACAGGGUGUACCCCCAGCCUAGUGCCCUAUUCUUCCUGAGUUGGGCUCCGGUCCUUUCUGGGGAUCACUACCUAGCAGAGUGAUGUCACCGUUUGACCCUUGACCAAGGCCCUUAACCCCAGUUUCACCAGAGACACCGACUGACCUGCUUUCAUGUCACGAUGGAGAAGGGUGUUCGCUAAAUGAUCCUGAACAUUAUAAGUGGUUAGAUAAUGGAUGGAUGGAAUUGUAUAAGAUGGGCUAUUGUUGUAUUCAAGGCACAUAACAGACAAGAUGAUCAUAACAAUAAAACUGAUACAUACAGUAUAUAACCAUUUCAUUUUGUCAUGUUUGUUUUCUGGUAUUGUAGCAAUUUUCUGUCUGAUGAAAUUCUGCAUUUGUAAAGUCUACUGGAGUUUUAAUUUUUCAAGCUGUUUCGCAUAUUGCAGAUCAGAAGAGUUUAUAUCAGAUUGAGGAAUUUCCCUAAAUAAAAUUUUGCAAUUUGUGUUUCUGGAGGGAAGUGCUUAAGCAGACUAUUUUAGGGGGUGUUUGGGAAAGGCCGUAAUCAUUUACAUUUACUCACUCGUCAGAAUAUAAGCCAGAUUCUCAUUACUCUGUGAGUAUCAUUAUUAUUUUUUUGUGAGUGAAAAAUUACUUUUUCCUUUGGAUGAAAGUAGAUCUGUGUUGUGUAAAUCAGACUGCUAAAAAAACAUUGCGUCCGUGAGUAGACAGAAAAGUUCAACUUCAAAUGUUCAGCUUCAGCAAAGGUUGUCCGAGUAUCCUUCUUCUGUGGGUUGGUGGGCGUCCACAUCUUAGAUAUUGUUUUCCGCUCCUCAGCACAGGUCCGACCUGUGAGUAUUACUCAACACGGGAGUGUUCAGAGCCACCCAUGAUGGAUAAACAAAGGUUUGCUCGGAUUAUGCUGAGCCUAGUUUUCUUUUUAUAGAGAACUGGAGACCCGGUGCAGGUGGGAACGAGGUCCUCGUCUUGCAGGGGACCGGGACUGAGUUUGAGAGAGUGGGUGGGCAUGUGGGAAAGAAAGCCUCAUUUUACGGACAACCAGGGAGCAUGUGGUUAAGUGAAAACCAAAGGCUCCUUUUACAGUGAACCGGGGAGCCGGUGUGGCUGAGGAAGUGGGGAGCAAGAACUCCUCCUAAAGAGAAUCCAGGGGACAGGGGUCUCACUAAAGGCCCCAUGAAAGCAUAUUAUAUUGGGCUCCAACCCAGAUCGAUCGGAUUAUGUUCCAAAUUUUUAGGGCCACGGUCACUCAUGGGCCGCUGUAAUCGUCCUAACUUACCCCCGCUUUAUGGCACCCCUGUCGGGGGACGUGUGUGUGUAGGAAACCAAGGCCUGGUCCAACAGACGAUCCAGGAGGGGUGCGAGUGAAAAUAACGCAAUUCUCUCGCCGAGAACCAGCAUGGGUGGGAAUGAAGAUCUCCUUCUGACACAGAAUAACCGUAGAGGGCUUCUGGAUGUUAGCUUAGCGCUUAUCAGAUCAGGCCUCAUCUACCGAUAUUCACCGACGCUGAAAAAAGUUUGUAUUAUCUUUCCGUAGCAGCCGAGAAUCCAUGUUGUAUUAAUGCAGGUUAAUGUAGGAGAGUCGUGGCGUUGUCUCCUGUGUCUUCUUAGACCAUCCGGUGAAGCUUAUCUUCUGCAAAUACUGUUUUGACCAUUUUCUCUGCAUAAAUGUGUUAUCAGUGUGAGAUAAAGAGGUACAUAGAGACAAUUAUGGUCAUACGUGAUGAAUGUUAAUAUGUUAUAUAUUGUUGGCAAACAAGAAGGAUGUUAUUUGACCUUAAAUGCGUGGAUAACACCAGGCAAUUGAAUUCCUAAUUGCUUUGGACUCCCGCCAGAUUUUAAGUCCUUUAUGAGUUCAGCCCAGGUUGAUUAUUAAACAGUUGCACAGGCCUGAAUGUCAGUAUAACUUAGUACUGAUUGUGUUGAUUUGUGGCUUGCAAGUGUGGCAAACCAAGGAUUCAUUAAAACUGUUUUAGUAGUGCCCCCCACAGCACACAGCAUUAAUAUAACAAGUCAGUGAUACACUAUAAAGGAAGUGCAGUUACAUGCAUGAUAUACUGUAUGCUCUGUGGCACCACUGAUGGACAAUGACUGUAUUGUUACUUCACAACAUCGAUGGCCUGACUCCUCUGCUCUCCCUCUCACCCUUUGACACUUUGCUCUCCCUCUCACCCUUUGACACUCUGCUCACCCUCUGAUUCCUUUGCUCUCCCUCUCACCCUUUGACACUCUGCUCACCCUCUGAUUCCUUUGCUCUCCCUCUCACCCUUUGACACUCUGCUCACCCUCUGAUUCCUCUGCUCACCUUGUCACACUUUUGGUGUGCAGCCUAAUUUGGUCCUUAUUGUUGACACUCGGAAUCCUUGUUUUUUAAGCUGCAGCGAUGAAGAUUCUCUCUCGCUCUGACGUUCUUCGAAAGAUGGAUCUUGUUCUGCUGAUUCUGGUCUGCCUGCUAGGAGAAGUGAGGUCACAAGUGAACCCAGGUGUGUGCCGCUAUCCAUUAGGCAUGACGGGUGGACAGAUUCAGGACGAAGACAUCUCCGCCUCCAGUCAGUGGUCCGAUUCCACUGCGGCUAGAUACGGCAGGCUGGACUUUGAGGACGGGGACGGCGCCUGGUGCCCGGAUAUUACCGUGGAGCCGGACAGCCCCAAGGAGUACCUGCAGAUCGACCUGCGCUCGCUGCACUUCAUCACGCUGGUCGGCACGCAGGGUCGCCAUGCCGGCGGCAUCGGCAAGGAGUUUGCCCAGAUGUACAAGAUCACGUACAGCCGCGACGGCAACCGCUGGAUCUCCUGGCGCAGCCGGCAUGGACAGCAGAUAAUCGAGGGCAAUAAGAACGCAUAUGACGUGGUGCUGAAGGAUCUGGAGCCGCCCAUCAUCGGCCGCUACGUGCGCUUCAUGCCGGUCACCGACCACUCCAUGAACGUGUGCAUGCGGGUGGAGCUGUACGGCUGUGAAUGGCUGGAUGGCCUGGUGUCCUACAGCGCCCCUGCUGGCGAGCUGAUGAUCUACCGCAGCCAGAACAUUCCGCUGAACGACUCUGUUUACGAUGGUUCGUUGACCUACAGCUCUAUGAGUGAAGGCUUGGGCCAGCUGACAGAUGGCACGUGCGGCCUGGAUGACUUCACCCACAGCCACAUCUACAGCGUCUGGCCCGGAUACGACUACGUGGGCUGGAACAAUGAGAGCUUCCCAGGAAACUAUGUGGAGAUCGUCUUCGAAUUUGAUCGCAUUCGCAACUUCACCACCAUGAAGGUCCACUGCAACAACAUGUUUACGAAGAAGGUGAAGACGUUCAGGCAGGUGACGUGCUACUUCCGAUCCACGUCCGAAUGGGAGUCAACGGCCGUCACUUUCAGCCCCGUGGUGGACAGUGUCAACCCCAGCGCACGCUUCGUCAGUGUCGCCCUCGACAACCACAUGGCCAGUACCAUCAAGUGUCAGUACUACUUCGCUGAUGCCUGGAUGAUGUUCAGCGAGAUCACCUUCCAGUCAGACACAGCGGUGUAUAACACGACACUUCUUCCACGCAAAUCCAACGCCCCACCCAGCAUUCAGCCAGGAGACGACCCUACGCACAAAGUGGAUGACAGCAAUACUAGAAUUCUGAUUGGCUGCUUGGUUGCUAUCAUAUUCAUCCUGGUGGCCAUUAUCGUGAUUAUACUGUGGCGGCAAGUCUGGCAGAAGAUGCUGGAAAAGGCCUCCCGGCGGAUGCUGGAUGAUGAACUGACAGCCAGCCUGUCCAUAAGAAGUGACACGUUCACUUACAGCAACAACAACCAUUCAUCAGAGUCCAGUGAGCAGGAGUCCAACUCUACUUAUGAGAGGAUCUUCCCUUUGGGGCCCGAUUACCAGGAGCCCUCACAGCUCAUCCGCAACAUGCCUGAGAUUUCCCAAUCCAUGGAGGAAGCCGGAAUAAGUGUGCCGUCAAAGUCGCCUCGGGCCAGCGCCCAGGAAGGUGUCCCUCACUACGCUGAAGCAGACAUCGUGAACCUCCAAGGAGUCACAGGCAGCAACACGUAUUCCGUACCUGCCCUCACUAUGGACCUCCUCUCCGGGAAAGACCUGGCUGUAGAGGAGUUUCCCCGAAAACAGCUGACCUUCAAAGAGAAGCUUGGAGAGGGGCAGUUUGGGGAGGUGCACCUGUGUGAAGCGGACGGCAUGCAGGAGUUCAUGUGCAGAGACUCCUGUUUCGACUUCAGCGACGGUCAGCCCGUCCUCGUGGCCGUGAAGAUGCUGCGCGAAGAUGCAAACAAGAACGCAAGGACUGACUUCCUAAAGGAGAUCAAGAUCAUGUCUCGGCUAAAGGAUCCCAACAUCAUCCGUCUGUUGGGCGUGUGUGUCCAUAGUGACCCUCUCUGCAUGAUCACAGAGUACAUGGAGAACGGCGACCUCAACCAGUUCCUCUCCCGGCAUGAACCCGAGAGCUCUUUGGCCCCGCCCAGUGACGCCACCUCCCUCAGCUAUGGCAGCCUUCUGUACAUGGCCACCCAAAUCGCUUCGGGCAUGAAGUACCUGUCCUCCCUCAAGUUUGUGCACCGAGACCUGGCCACACGCAACUGCCUGGUGGGGAACAGCUACACCAUCAAGAUCGCCGACUUCGGCAUGAGCCGAAACCUGUACAGCGGGGAUUACUACCGCAUCCAGGGCCGUGCCGUGCUACCCAUCCGCUGGAUGGCCUGGGAGAGCAUCCUGCUGGGCAAGUUCACGACCGCCAGUGACGUGUGGGCCUUCGGUGUGACCCUGUGGGAGAUGCUCACCUUCUGCAGGGAGCAGCCAUACUCACCGCUCACUGAUGAGCAGGUCAUCGAAAACACCGGAGAGUUUUUCCGGGACCAGCAACGACAGAUCUACCUUCCUCAGCCUGCCAUGUGCCCAGACGUCAUCUACAAGCUCAUGUUGAGCUGCUGGAAGAGGAACACGAAGGAGAGGCCCAGCUUCCAGGAGAUACACCAGGUCCUCCAGGAGGGCCAGGAAAUGAGAGAAGGCGCACAAGAGCAGGACCAGGACUGGGGACUCGGCAGUGCGUGUCUGCUGGACUCUCACACUCUCUGAGUGGGCGAGAUGGCACGCAGCGACAGGUUGUCCACGUAGGAGCAAUGUGGCUGCCGUGUAAAUAAUGUUUAUCACACUUUUUAUUGGUCUCUUUGUACACACAAGUAAGUUCCAGAAGAGUCCGAGAAAUUGCUGAAUGAAAAUGUAGCAAAGGAUUAUCGGGACCUAAAUAGCAAACCAUGUCUUUAAUUUAUCGUUAUUAUUUCAAAGAAUUACGACGGACAACUGCAACACAACUCAUAACAAUUUCCGACUCUUAUUGCAGACCAGAAAAUGUUAAAGAACAAACAAGAACAUUUUAUUCAACAGUGCCUUGUCUUGUAAAUAAGCAGUGCCUUAUCAGAGGGAAAAUGGCAGCCGUUUUUAAACAAAACCAUUGAAAUCAAGAACUUCAUUUCAUCUGUCUUAUCAGUCUUUGUCAACCUUUACUGAAGUAUUAUGUAGAUCUUGUUAUAUAUGUAUGUUAUAUAUUUAAAUCCAUUGUUAAUUAUUUGUUUAAUAUACUUUUAAUUUAGUUUCUGCCAAAUACUCUUAAAUGAUAUUUUGUAGUUUCAUCUUCAUAGCGUGGAUAUUGUUUUAUUUAUACAUAUAUAAAUAAGCAUAAUGAAGUAGUUUUAGGUAAAUUUUAGGUACACUAGCAAGUUUAUUAAAAUGUUAGAGAUUUUUAAAAAAAUAAUGAUUGCUUAUCACCAAAGGGAAAAUCUGAUAAAGAAGUAGAUUAUUAUGUAUUUAUUUUUUCUGAUCUUGAAAUUUUUUGUCAUUUGACGAUUUCUGAAAUUGCUGCUGGAGCAAUGCUUGUCUUUGGGUGCAGCGUUGGGUUCAGGCUUCAGUUUGUAGCGACAUGCUAGCAGUUUAAGCACGGAGAGAGAAGGCCAGUCUCAGGCCUUGUGUAUUCAGCCACAGUCAGACCUGCAUGUGCUUCAACCCGCUAAACCAGUCUUAGCACCUGCUGUUCUAGAGUAAGAAAAACCAAAACUGGACAGUAAAGUUGCACCGCUACGGUUACAGCCGUUGAGGGCUACAGCCCCGUGAAUUUUUACAGUUAGCUUUUGAAAUGCUCUUUAUCACUAAAUGAACCAAAUCACACAUCGGAUUUGGGCCCUCGACGAUCGGAAUAGUCUAGUCCUGCACUAGACUUUAGAAAUAAAAUUAAUAUUAUAGAAUAUAUUAUGCUGAAUAUAUUAUGCUGAAGAAAGUGGCAAGAAUAUAGCAGUCUAAGAUUCUAAGGUUGCACAGAAAACUUAACUAAUUCAGACCAACAGAGAAUGCCCUUGCUACAGCUAACAAGUAGAUACACAUUCAGGAGUCUUUUGAGGAUAUGAAGAAUAAGACCUCAUCUUUCUUGAAAGAUGCUUUAAUAAAUGCAUUAUGGGUUGUUUUUUUUUUUUUAUACAUUACCUUCACCUUUGUGCUAUCUAUUCCAUCUCCUCACCACAUCUUUAUGGUGGUGAUGCUUAGAAAAAUCAGUCGAUCAUGGUGGUCUAUGCUAAUCAUUCAACCUUUUAUGUUCAGUAGUUAGACUUUUUUUAUACCAAAGCUGGCACAAAGCAUGUGAGCUCGUUGCAUACCGGGAUGCUCAGUAUAAAUGCUGGUACAUUGUCCGUGGUUGGGAGUUUGUAACAAACAGUGGUUUGCUACUGGGAAUCACUCCUGACUUCUGUAUCGGAAUGCCAGACACAGGGAAUAAAGGUACAAUGCCUUUUGUGGUAUUUAAAACUUCAGGAUGGAACCAUCUUUAUGGGACUGGUUUAUUGGACUAAAAUGUCCUUCCUGGAUUUAUAUUGAAAAUGUAAUUCUGCAGAAGUCUUUAUGGGUAAUGGCUUCAGAUAGGUUAGAAGUUAAGAAAAUGGUUGAAGCACGGUGUGGAGAAAGUGUACGCUUAUGCAUUACUUGCUUCAAUAAAUUAUGCAGCCUGUUGAAA